AUUUUUGUUAUAUAUGGGCAUACAUUUGUUGAAAGAUCAAUCACUUCAUAUGUCAUUUGUUUAUCGAGGAAAUAAACUUCCAUUAUAACUUGAUCUGAACAUAACCGGAAUCCCAAAUGAUAAAAAUAAACCAAGUUUUUCAAAAUUAGUUCUUUUAAUCGUCGACCAGAAGCAACCGCAAUGCCCGCCGGUGCUGCAAAUACACAGUAGCAACUCCUGUCAAGCCAAGGAGGCGCGCAGUACUGCAGCACCAGCACAGAUCUCAGCUCGCAACACUCAAUAUUAUUGGGAAGAAUACAAGAGUUCAUUGUGAUAAUGGCUGAUUGAGGAUUUUUUGCUUGGUUCCUUCACUACUAGGAAAGGCUUAUUACAUCAAAAACCGACGAAUCUAGAGGAAAAUAAGCACGAGUUACCACAGGAUCAGGACAGCCAUAAUACUUCAUAUUUGGCUUUCAGUUUUUCUUUGAAAUUAGCUUCUAUGUCCAUGAACUUUCCUGCUUUAUUUUCUUUGAUUUCUGCUACUUCAAAAUCGAGAUUCUUUAAUGUGAGGUCUCGUUUUUCAUCUUCGUAUUGUGUAAAUGAUUAUACUGACGAAAACUGUAAUGACCAAGCUGUCCUUCUUAAGCAUCAAAUUCAUGUCCCUGAUGCUUCUAACUUCUAUAAAUCUCUUUUGAGUAGCUCAACUCAUGUGAUUGAUUUGAAGCAGAUUCAUGCCCAAAUUAUAAUUUCUGGACUUCAUACUAAAGAAAGCUGCUUGGUCUCUGAAUUUAUGAAUGCAUGCUUAAGAAUUGGUGAAAUUGGCUAUGCUCGUCAGGUUUUUGAUGCCUUUCCUCAACCAAAUGUAUCUAUGUGGAAUGCAAUUGUUGGUGGAUAUAGUAAAAGUAAUAUGUUGCGUGAGUCAAUUGAAACUUAUGCUGGGAUGAAGCGGGCUGGGGUGAGUCCUGAUUACUAUAUUCUUACACAAGUGCUCAAGGCAUGCAGCUUAUUAAAGCUUCUUCAGAUGGGUGGGGCUAUCCACGGGCAUAUAUGUAGGCUUGGGCAUAAUUCUAACAUGUUUGUGCAAAGUGGACUGGUUUCACUUUAUGCUGAGUGUGGUAGAAUUGAUUAUGCGAAGAAGCUUGUUUCUUAUAAUGGCUUGUUGUGUAGUAGUAGAUCAAUUGUUGUUUCUUGGACCGCCAUUAUAUCAAAAUGUGCACAAAGUGGUAAUUCCAUGGAGGCUUUGAGACUUUUCAGGGAUAUGAAGAUGAUGAAAAUGAAGCCUGAUUGGAUUACUCUAGUGAGUGUUCUGAGAGCUUGUGCCGAUCUUGAUUAUUUGGAACAAGGAAAAUCUCUACAUGGUUGUGUCCUUAAAAUGGGUCUCGAAUCAGAGGAAGAUUUGCAAAUUUCACUUACAGCUAUGUACGCAAAAUGUGGGGAAGUAAUGGUGGCAAGGUAUUUAUUUGAUCAGAUAAAUAAACAAAAUGUGAUAUUGUGGAAUGCUAUGAUUUCUGGAUAUGCUAAAAAUGGUUAUGCUGAGGAAGCUGUAGAGCUGUUCAAACUAUUGGCCAAGAAGAAGGAUAUGAAGCCAGAUUCUAUCACUCUGAGGGCUGCUAUUCUAGCCUGUGCUCAAGUUGGUUCAAUUGAUCUGGCAAGAUGGAUGAAUGAUUAUGUCUGUAGAAGUGAUUACCUAAAUCAUGUAUAUGUCAAAACAGCACUUGUUGAUAUGUUUGCUAAAUGUGGAAGUGUGGAAGUAGCUAGGCAAGUUUUCAAUAAGAUUCGUGAUAAGGACGUUGUUGUUUGGAGUGCCAUGAUAGUGGGAUAUGGAUUGCAUGGCCGGGGCCGAGAAGCUAUUGAUCUUUAUGAUGCAAUGGUGCAAGCUGAAGUGAUGCCUAACGAUGUCACUUUUCUUGGGCUUCUUCUGGCAUGUAAAAACUCAGGGCUGGUCAGAGAGGGAUGGACUUUUUUUCAUAGCAUGAAAAAUUACGGUAUAGAGCCUCUUCACCAACAUUAUGCUUGUGUUGUUGAUCUGCUUGCUCGUGCUGGCUACUUGGCAGAAGCCUACAAAUUUAUUGUUAGAAUGCCCAUGCAACCAGGGAUAACGGUAUGGGGUGCCCUUCUGAGUGCAUGCAAAAUCUAUCGCCAUGUACAAAUGGGAGAAUACGCAGCUGCUAAAGUUUUUGCGAUAGAUCCAUAUGAUGCUGGACACUAUGUCCAGCUAUCAAAUCUGUAUGCUACAGCACGUAUGUGGGAUCAGGUUAAUGAAAUUCGCAAGCUUAUGAAAGAGAGAGGGUUGAGCAAGGAUUUUGGAUUUAGUCUAAUUGAAAUCAAUGGAAAGCUCCAAGUUUUUCGUGUAGGAGACAAUUCACAUCCAAGAUAUGAGGAAAUUUGGAAAAAGCUUGCUGAUUUGGAGAGGAGGUUGAAAGAGGCUGGAUUUUCCCCUAAUUCAGAAUCUAAUUUACAUGAUUUAAGUUCUGAGGACAUGCAGGAGAGUCUUUGUAAUCAUAGUGAGAGGUUAGCUGUUGCUUAUGGUCUCAUCUCAACACCAUCAGGAAACACACUUCAGAUAACAAAAAAUCUCAGGGCAUGUGUCAACUGUCACUCUGCUAUUAAACUUAUAUCAAAAUUCACCAAUCGGGAAAUAAUUAUUCGAGAUGCUAACCGAUUUCAUCAUUUCAAAGACGGAGCUUGUUCUUGUGGAGACUACUGGUGAGUGGUGAAAGCAUUUGUGCAUGUUAUGAUGAUUUGGUUGAACCACUCUAGAGGAGAUGCUUCAGAGAAUCAGAUAACGUUCCACCAAGGGUUAAAGAACUCCACGCUGAAGGAGUAUGAAUGCCACAUUUGCCAGAUAUCUACACACUUUCUUCUGAGCAUGUUGUCUUGAUCAAGAAUGAUGAAUGAACUUGAUGAUUGAGUAAUUCAAGGACUUCAUGUAAGUCAAAGUUCCUCCUAUAUGGAUGCAGUAAGUCAAGACUGGAAAUGAUAUUUGGAAGCUUUCAAGCAACUACCAAUACUGCAGGGAAGUUUUUGAGGAGAGUUUGAGGGUAUCCCUGUAAUCAAUAGUCUUCAAAAGUCUUCUAGUUAAGGUAGCGAUCGUGUACGGAAUCACAAUUUGGGGCUGAUAUUAGGUUCAAAUUGGCAUCUGUUAGAACUGUGUCUGCUGUUCGUUGAAACAUUGCUUCCCAGCAUCCUUACAUAGUCUAUCUAUCAUCUUCUUGGAGCGUGAUUGCAUGAAGUACUCUUUGGGUUUAUGAUCUGGAUUCUGGAAGGGUGUAGUGUAUAGGACCAAGCUUGCAACUGUAAUGCUUAUAUGAGGCCUAUUUGUAAGCUUGAUUAUUUUAGACUCGAUGACACAGUCCAUAACAGGUGUGAGGACGCGGCAUUAAUGGGAUAUAUCUUGUUUUAAAUUAAGGUUGUUUCACCUGCCCUAAUGUGCAAAUACACGCACACAUUUAACUUUGUUAAUUUGUGUAAAAUUGCUUAUCUGAGGCUCAUUUGUAAGCACA